UUAGUUGUUGGGCCUAUUUGUGCAUGUCGUCGUAUCUUCUUCGCUUGUACCGGCGAUUCAACAACACUCGUGCUCUUUUUUCUCUAGUAAACCCCUAAAUCUUCCUGAAUUUGAGUAUUGGACUUCGCGUAUGUGCUGAGGACCAAGAGUCGAUGGAUCGGAUCAGCAGUUUACCGGACGAGCUCCUUUGUCAUAUAUUGGCCUUCUUUACGACAAAGGAGGCUGCUUUGAUUUCGGUUCUCUCUAAGAGGUGGCUCAGUUUGUGGACACUUGUCCCUAAUCUUGAAAUUGAUGACUCUGCCUUCCUUCAUCCUGAAGAGGGUAAGCGGGAAAGAGAUGGGAUUCUUCAGAGCUUUAUGGAUUUUGUGGAUAGAGUAUUGGCAGUGCAGGGUGAUUCUCCCAUCAAGAAAUUCUCCCUCAAGUGUCAAACUGGUAUUGAUACAGGUCGUGUGUUACCUUGGAUAUGUAAUGUGCUGCACCGUGGUGUUUCAGACCUUGAACUUUUCCUCCAGUUUCCUAGGUAUGAUUACCAUUCCUCUUCCGAAGAUGAAUAUUUUCUGCCUAAAGAGAUGUUUGUCAGUAGGACACUUGUUGAGCUGAAAUUAACAAGUGAGUUUGGUAUUGAUUGGUGGCGUGGAAGUAGAGGCACUUUCUUACCAAUGCUUAAAAGUCUAGACAUUUACACGGAUAGGAUUUCAUUAGGUGAGAAGCUUGAGAUGUUUCUUCCUUCUUUCCCUGUGCUUGAGGAACUAUACAUGGCUGAUUUUGAGUGGAGUGAGUCGGAUGAAUCCGUGUCAAGUACAAGUCUCAGGAAGCUAACUAUCUCUGGCGGUUUUGAAGACUUUCAGAAUCCAAAGAGCAUUUCAUUUGAUACACCAAGUCUGGUUUUCUUGGACUACUUUGAUAUUGUUGCAGAGGACUAUCCAAAAGUUAACUUGGCAAAUUUAGUUGAGGCUCGACUCAACCUUAUACUAAGUGAUGAUCAAAUCGAGCUAAUACGAGCGCCAAAUGAUGAAGAUGAAGUUUUCCUGCGUCUUAGAAAUGUGUGGAAGCUCAUGAGUGGCAUAAGAAAUGUUCAGAAACUUUAUUUUUCUGCAGAUACCCUCGAGUUGCUUUCUCUAUGCUGUGAAUCAUUUCCGGUGUUCAACAACCUCAAAAUUUUACGUAUAAAGAGUGCCGAGGAUCGAGGAUGGCAAGCAAUGCCUGUUCUCUUAAGGAACUGUCCACAUUUAGAAACUCUAAUCAUUGAGGGUCUAUUACACAAUGUGACUGAUAAAUGUGGGGAUGCUUGUGACUGCAUUUCUCGGGAGGAUAAAGGUCGUUCGCUCAUAUCUUGUCCAGUGAAGAAGUUGCAGAUCAAAGGGUUUCGAGGAACAAUUAGAGAGAAAGAGAUGAUAAGGCAUUUCUUGGAGUUUUGCCCGUGUUUGGAUGAGAUGGAGAUAGAUGCCGAAGAGAAUGAUUCUACAAACUUUGAAGUGCCUAAAAUUUUAAAAAUUGUCCCGUAUAAGCUCCAAAACGCGGUCUCUACAGAGAUAGUUGGACAUUGGAAGAGUUCGGCACAAUGUGGGGGUUGGUCCCAUACCCAGAUGGAUGAGAUGUACUCGGAGUUUGCUCCCCACAAUAAAGAGUGUAUCUAUGAUAUGGCCUUCUUCAUGCAUGGAGCUUCUUCCCUGGUACCUCCUCCUCUGCCACAAGAGACGUCUCAGGACUCUCUUCAGAUGCAACUAGAUGCUGCUAAAGCCAAACAUGCGGAUCUGAUGGAGAGGCAACGAGGCUACGAAGCUAUGUUCGACAUGAUUGUCGACCAGAACCCAAUGCUAGCAUCAGCGUUGAGGGCUCGAGAGGCAACUGACUCAGAGCGAGCAAAGGCGUCGAGUGGUGAGGAGAUGACCGAGAAGAAACGGGACUUUGAUGCUCUGUUCGAUAUCAUUGCCGAGCAGAACCCAAUGCUAGUGUCAGCAUUAAGGGCUCGGCGUGCAACAGACUCAGAGCGAGCUGAGACAUCCAGGGAUCAGGAGAUGACCGAGCUCAACCAAGCUACGGCAGCAGAUUUUCUUCCUCGAGACGGAGAAUAAAUUUAUGAUUGUCAAAACAUUUUUUUUUUUUUUUUUUGUUUGUUUGUAUUACUACGGUAACAGUUUUAUUUUAAAAUUUUAGACCUUUUGAUAGUUUACUAAUAUUUGGUUCGGUUUGUGUUUAUUUAGAUUGAAUUCCGGUA